CCCAGGGGACUGCAGUGUCUCUUUGAGUGACCCCGGAGGCUUAUGGGACAUCGGCUUCGGACCCUCUGUGACACACCGUGCUGCACGGGAUGAUGCUGUCGUGGAGGCCUGAGGUCACACUCGCGUGCCUCCUCUUAGCCAUGGCGGGCUGCCUUGCAGACCUGAACGAGGUCCCGCAGGUCACUGUCCAGCCCGCAUCCACCGUCCAGAAGCUCGGAGGAGCUGUGAUCCUGGGCUGUGUGGCAGAACCCCCAUGGGUGAACGUAACCUGGCGCCUGAAUGGCAAGGAGCUGAAUGGCUCAGACGAUGUUCUGGGCAUCCUCAUCACCCGCGGGACCCUCGUCAUCCCUGCCCUCAGCAACCACACCGUGGGACGGUACCAGUGUGUGGCCAGGAUGCCUGCAGGGGCUGUGGCCAGCGUGCCAGCCACUGUGACACUAGCCAAUCUCCAGGACUUCAAGUUAGACGUGCAGCACGUGAUCGAAGUGGAUGAGGGCAACACAGCGGUCAUCGCCUGCCACCUGCCUGAGAGCCACCCCAAAGCCCAGGUGCGGUACAGCGUCAAACAAGAAUGGCUGGAGGCCUCCAGAGGUAACUACCUGAUCAUGCCGUCGGGGAACCUCCAGAUUGUGAACGCCAGCCAGGAGGAUGAGGGCACAUACAAGUGCGCGGCCUACAACCCGGUGACCCAGGAAGUGAAAACCUCUGGCUCUAGCGACAGGCUGCGUGUGCGCCGCUCCACCGCCGAGGCUGCUCGCAUCAUCUACCCCCCAGAGGCCCAGACCAUCAUUGUCACCAGAGGCCAGAGUCUCAUCCUAGAGUGUGUGGCCAGUGGGAUCCCACCCCCCCGGGUCACCUGGGCCAAGGAUGGGUCCAGUGUCACUGGCUACAACAAGACACGCUUCUUGCUGAGCAACCUCCUCAUCGACACCACCAGUGAGGAGGAUUCCGGGACCUACCGCUGCAUGGCUGACAACGGGGUCGGGGAGCCCAGGGCUGCAGUCAUCCUCUACAAUGUCCAGGUGUUCGAACCCCCUGAGGUCACCAUGGAGCUGUCCCAGCUGGUCAUCCCAUGGGGCCAGAGUGCCAAGCUCUCCUGUGAGGUGCGAGGGAACCCCCCGCCCUCUGUGGUGUGGCUGAGGAAUGCCAUGCCCCUCACCUCCAGCCAGCGCCUCCGGUUGUCCCACAGGGCCCUGCGUGUGGUCAGCGUAGGGCCCGAGGACGAAGGCGUCUACCAGUGCAUGGCCGAGAAUGAAGUUGGAAGUGCCCACGCCGUGGUCCAACUGAGGACCGCCAGGCCAGGCACAACCCUGAGACCCUGGCAGGAUGCAAAGCCAGUGAUUGCCACACCUCCCACGCCACCCUUCAGACCUGGCAGCCCUGACCAGAUGCUGAGGGGGCGACUGGAGCUCCCCAGGCCCCCAACGUCAGUGCAGCCUGCCUCCCUGCAGUGCCCAGGAGAGAGAGGGCAGGUGGCUCCUGCCGAGGCCCCCAUCAUCCUCAGCUCACCUCGGACUUCCAAGACUGACUCCUACGAGCUGGUGUGGCGGCCUCGGCACGAGGGUAGUGGCCGGGCACCGAUCCUCUACUAUGUGGUGAAACACCGCAAGGUCACAAACUCCUCUGGUGAAUGGACCAUCUCCGGCAUUCCAGCCAGCCAGCACCGCCUGACCCUCACCAGGCUCGACCCCGGGAGCUUGUAUGAAGUAGAGAUGGCAGCUUACAACUGUGCAGGCGAGGGCCAGACAGCCAUGGUCACCUUUCGAACUGGACGGCGACCCAAACCCGAGAUCAUGGCCAGCAAGGAGCAGCAGGUCCAGAGAGAUGACCCUGGAGCCAGCCCCCAGAGCAGCAACCAGCCAGACCAUGGCCGCCUGUCCCCCCCAGAAGCUCCAGACAGGCCCACGAUCUCCAUGGCCUCUGAGACCUCAGUGUACGUGACCUGGAUUCCCCGUGGAAAUGGUGGGUUCCCAAUCCAGUCCUUCCGUGUGGAGUACAAGAAGCUAAAGAAAGUGGGUGACUGGAUUCUGGCCACCAGUGCCAUCCCUCCCUCACGGCUCUCCGUGGAGAUCACAGGCCUGGAGAAAGGUACCUCUUACAAGUUCCGUGUCCGUGCCCUGAACAUGCUGGGGGAGAGUGAGCCCAGCGCCCCCUCCCGGCCCUAUGUGGUUUCAGGCUACAGCGGCCGCGUGUACGAGAGGCCUGUGGCGGGCCCAUACAUCACCUUCACUGACGCAGUCAACGAGACCACCAUCAUGCUCAAGUGGAUGUAUAUUCCAGCAAGUAACAACAACACUCCAAUCCAUGGCUUUUACAUCUAUUAUCGACCCACAGACAGUGACAAUGACAGUGACUACAAGAAGGAUAUGGUGGAAGGGGACAGGUACUGGCACUCCAUCAGCCACCUGCAGCCAGAGACCUCCUACGACAUCAAGAUGCAGUGCUUCAAUGAAGGAGGGGAGAGCGAGUUCAGCAACGUGAUGAUCUGCGAGACCAAAGCUCGGAAAUCUUCUGGUCAGCCUGGUCGACUCCCACCCCCAACUUUGGCCGUGCCACAGCCGCCACCCCCUGAAACAAUAGAGCGGCCGGUGGGCACUGGGGCCAUGGUGGCACGCUCCAGCGACCUGCCCUAUCUGAUCGUCGGGGUCGUCCUGGGCUCGAUUGUCCUCAUCAUCGUCACCUUCAUCCCCUUCUGUUUGUGGAGGGCCUGGUCUAAGCAAAAACAUACAGCAGACCUGGGUUUUCCUCGUAGUGCCCUUCUGUCCCCCUCAUGCCAGUACACUAUGGUGCCAUUGGGAGGACUCCCAGGCCACCAUGUCAGCGGACAGCCCUACCUCAGUGGCAUCAAUGGACGGGCCUGUACCAAUGGGAUGCACGUGAACAGGGGCUGCCCUGCAGCCGCAAUGGGCUUCCCAGCUGUGAAACCUCCACAGCACCACCCAGGGGAGCUUCAGCAGCAGGAUGACACCAACAGCCUGCUAAGGCAGACCAUUCUUGGCAAUGGAUAUGACCCCCAAAGCCACCAGAUCACCAGGGCUCCCAAGGCCAGCCGGGACGAGGGCUCUCUCGUAUACACGCUGCCUGAUGACUCCACUCACCAGCUGCUCCGGCCUCACCAGGACUGCCACCACCUCUACGAACUGCCUGCCACCGCAGGCCAGGCAGGAGUGAGGAAUGUGCCCGAGAGUCCAGGACUGGAGGCAGCGUGGGACCCUCCAUUUCACUUAGGCCCCCCGUGCUGCUUGGGCCUUGUACCAGUUGAAGAAGUGGACAGUCCCGACUCCUGUAACGUGGGUGGAGGAGACUGGUGUCCUCAGCACUCUCCAGGGACCUACCUAGGACAGGAAGCUGGAAUGCGGCUCUCCCCUGGCCCGCUGGUGCAUGUGUCUUUUGAAACACCACCUCCCACAAUUUAGGCAAAAGCCCAUGUCCCAGAAAGACUAUAUAUUGCUUUUUUUAAAAAAGGAGACAGAGAAAAUUGGUAUUUAUUUUUCUAUUAUAGCCAUAUUUAUAUAUUUAUGCACUUGUAAAUAAAUGUAUAUGUGUUUUUAUAAUUCUGGAGAGACAUAAGGAACCCUCCCCAUUGAGGUACGAGAGGGAAAACAAGCCACCACAUAACAGGAGUCAGCCAGGAAACAGUCUCCCAGUCUGGCCAGAAUGCAGGCUGAGAGCACAGCUCCCCACUCAGAGCCUCUGCGGCUGCCUGGGAGGCUGCAGGAGGCCACCGCUGAGCUGCUGAGAGCAAGAAUCCUAGACACGCUGUUCCCAGUAACCGUGAGCCAAGAGCACGGGCCGUGGUAUCACCCACUGGAGACACCCACGAAGAUGGCUGGAUCUGGUGCUACAGGAGACCUUUUCCUAAGAUGCCCAGGAGAACAGACGAAGAUGUGUGUAGCACUGUGAGCAUUAACAAACCUUCCAGAAUGAGUAAUCCAUGACAACAUAUCUCUGUAAAAACAAACACUGUAACUUCUAAAUAAAUGUUUAGUCUUCCCCGCAACAUUC